ACCCACUGAGCCAUCCAAGAGACGUCCCUCGUAGGCUGUCUUAUUGUGGUGCUCGUGCUCGACUGAUCAACAACAUGGCGUCCUCAUCCAUGAAGAUGGCUCUCUGGACUCGAAAUGCCCUCAUCCGAGGGGUCCGACCCCAAAUGCAAACCGCCGCAGGUAUUCGCUUUAUGAGUUCCAAGGUUCAAGAAACCGACGCCGAGUUUGAUGCUCGUUAUGAAGCCUUCUUCAACCGCAAGGACAUUGACGGCUGGGAAAUCCGAAAGGCUAUGCAAGAUUUAGCCCGAAUGGAUCUCGUUCCUGAGCCCACCAUUGUGGCGGCUGCGCUUCGAGCUUGUCGCCGAGUGAAUGAUUAUUCCCUCACCACCAGAUUCUUAGAGGUGGUCAAGUUCAAGUGUGGCUCGAAGCAAGACGAGAUUUGGCCCUACAUGCUCCAGGAAAUUCGGCCAACAUUGGACGAGCUUGGAAUUUCCACCCCUGAGGAGUUGGGUUACGACAAACCAGAGUUGGCCCUCCCCAACCCCUACGAAAUCCACUAAUGUUCAAAGAUGAAGAACUUGGAAAGUUGGAAUUGACCCAUAGUUAAUGAUCAGUAAAAUAUAACACAACUUUAGUGUAUUUCACUUGAA